AAUAUGCUUGCCGGUCUGUUCGCUUGGCUCCUCCUUGUUAGCUUUAUCGUACUUCCCGCCACAUUCGCAUCAAUCCGUAACUCUCGUGCGCUUGAUGGCAUCGGCAAGGCUGGGAAGGCUGUAAUUAGCGCGACCCAGAAUAUCCCAGUAUUGUGGGUAGCAGGUUCAUGCUGUGUUUGUGGAGCUUCUGGUUUAUUAUGGCUCUGGUGGGGGCAAAAUCAGAAUUAUAUUUGGCUAGGAGAUCGAAUUUUCUUACCUGGUCUGAUAAAUUCUACCAUUGGCUUGAUCACAACUUUGGUUAAUGUGUAUACGACCCAACGCGGUACCUGGUCCAUAAUAUCUGUCGUGACCGCUGCUGCUACGGCAACUACUACACUGGUUACUCUGAUAAUGUACCUGCUUUAUGCAGCCUGG